AUGGAGAAAAUAAAGUCUGUGGAAGAAUUGAGUGGACAAAUAUGUCAGAUUUGUGGUGAUGGGAUUGAGAUUACAGAUGAUGGAGAGAUCUUUGUAGCCUGCAAUGAAUGUGCCUUCCCCGUCUGUAGAGGUUGUUAUCAGUAUGAAAGAAGAGAGGGAAAUCAGGCUUGUCCCCAGUGUAAAACCAGAUACAAGCGCAUCAAAGGUACUCCUAGGGUUGAAGGUGAUGAAGAGGAAGAUGAUAUUGAUGAUUUGGACAAUGAGUUCUCUUAUGGGAAUCUUGAUGCUUUGGGCUCACAUCGAGUUGCUGAGGCUGUGCUGUCUUCCCACCUUAAUGUUGGUUGCGGUUCCCACUAUAAUGCCAGCAUUCCCACACACAGAGAACAUGAUUCCUCAACUCUGGGUUCUGAAAUCCCACUCUUGACGUAUGGCGAGGAGGAUCCUGAGAUAUCAUCUGAUCAACAUGCGCUUAUUGUACCUCCAUACAUGGGUCAUGGGAACAGAGUCCAUCCUGUGCCUUUUCCUGAUCCAUCUUCUUUACAACCUAGACCAAUGGUGCCUAAGAAAGACAUUUCAGUAUAUGGGUAUGGGAGUGUGGCUUGGAAAGAUCGAAUGGAAGAGUGGAAGAAAAAGCAAAAUGAAAAACUUCAGGUGGUAAAGCAUGAAGGAGAUAAUGAUGGUGGAAACUUUGGUGGGAAGGAAGAUGAUUCUGAUCUGCCCAUGAUGGAUGAAGGCAGACAGCCACUUUCAAGGAAGAUACCCAUUCCUUCAAGCAAGAUAAACCCAUACAGAAUGAUGAUAUUACUCCGACUUGUAAUCCUUGGCUUAUUUUUCCAUUAUAGAAUUCUCAAUCCAGUGAAAGAUGCAUAUGGCUUGUGGUUGACAUCAGUCAUAUGCGAGAUAUGGUUUGCUGUUUCAUGGAUCCUGGAUCAGUUCCCCAAAUGGUAUCCAAUAGAGCGAGAAACAUACCUAGAUCGGCUAUCACUAAGGUAUGAAAAGGAAGGGAAACCAUCUGAACUAGCCAGUAUAGACAUCUUUGUUAGUACAGUCGACCCUCUGAAAGAACCUCCUCUAAUCACUGCAAACACGGUCCUUUCCAUCCUAGCUGUCGAUUAUCCAGUCGAUAAAGUUGCAUGUUAUGUCUCGGAUGAUGGUGCUGCUAUGCUUACUUUUGAAGCCCUUUCUGAGACAGCUGAGUUUUCCAGGAGAUGGGUCCCUUUUUGCAAGAAAUAUAGCAUCGAGCCUCGAGCUCCAGAAUGGUACUUCUCUCAGAAGAUUGACUAUUUGAAAAAUAAAGUUCAUCCUGAAUUUGUAAGGGAAAGGCGUGCAAUGAAGAGAGAUUAUGAAGAAUUUAAAGUUCGGAUUAAUAGUUUGGUUGCCAUGGCACAAAAGGUUCCGGAGGAUGGCUGGACAAUGCAGGAUGGUACUCCCUGGCCUGGGAACAAUGUACGAGACCAUCCUGGCAUGAUUCAGGUCUUUCUUGGUAACAACGGUUUUCGUGAUGAUGAAGGAAAUGAGUUACCUCGUCUGGUUUAUGUUUCUCGUGAAAAGAGACCAGGAUUUGAUCACCAUAAAAAGGCUGGUGCCAUGAAUGCUCUGAUGCGGGUCUCUGCCAUCAUCUCUAAUGCUCCUUAUCUUCUGAAUGUUGACUGUGAUCACUACAUCAACAACAGCAAGGCCCUCAGAGAAGCCAUGUGCUUCAUGAUGGACCCUACUUCAGGGAAGAAAGUUUGCUAUGUGCAGUUUCCCCAAAGAUUUGAUGGGAUUGACCGACACGAUAGAUACUCAAAUCGGAAUGUUGUAUUCUUUGAUAUCAACAUGAAAGGAUUAGAUGGUAUACAAGGGCCAAUAUAUGUUGGAACUGGCUGUGUUUUCAGAAGGCAAGCUCUUUAUGGGUUUGAUGCACCUGCCUCAAAGAAGGCCCCUAGCAGAACCUGCAAUUGCUGGCCAAAAUGGUGCUGCUUCUGUUGUGGGUCAAGAAAGAACAAGAAUGCAAAGUCAAAGAAAGAGAAAAAGAAGAAAUCAAAACAGAGAGAAGCCUCAAAGCAGAUACAUGCUGUUGAAAAUAUUGAAGAGGGAAUUGAAGAACUAAUAUCUGAUAGAUCAUCUCAUAUGUCCCAACUGAAAUUGGAGAAGAAAUUUGGGCAGUCUCCUGUCUUUGUAGCCUCUUCAGUACUGGAGAAUGGUGGAAUUCCUCAGGACGUUAGCGCUGCAUCUCUCCUGAGAGAAGCCAUCCAAGUCAUCAGCUGUGGUUAUGAAGAUAAAACAGAAUGGGGAAAGGAAGUUGGCUGGAUAUAUGGUAGUGUUACUGAGGAUAUUCUGACAGGAUUUAAGAUGCAUUGCCAUGGCUGGAGAUCUGUUUACUGCAUGCCCAAAUUAGCUGCUUUCAAAGGGUCGGCUCCUAUCAAUCUGUCAGAUCGUCUCCACCAAGUUCUGCGGUGGGCACUUGGAUCAGUUGAAAUUUUCUUGAGCAGACAUUGUCCGAUCUGGUAUGGAUAUGGGAGUGGGUUGAAAUCAUUGGAGCGGUUUUCAUAUAUCAACUCAGUCGUAUAUCCUUGGACCUCCAUUCCUUUGAUCGUUUACUGUAGUCUGCCUGCCAUCUGUCUUCUGACCGGGAAAUUUAUUGUCCCCGAGAUAAGCAACUAUGCCAGUCUUGUUUUCAUGGCUCUCUUCUUAUCCAUAGCUGCCACAGGCAUCCUUGAGAUGCAAUGGGGUGGUGUUGGGAUAGAUGACUGGUGGAGGAAUGAGCAGUUCUGGGUAAUUGGAGGUGCUUCAUCGCAUCUAUUUGCUCUCUUCCAGGGUCUACUCAAGGUUUUGGCUGGUGUUAACACAAACUUCACAGUUACAACUAAGGCAGCAGAUGAUGGAGCAUUUUCUGAACUUUACAUCUUCAAGUGGACAUCAUUGUUGAUCCCUCCCACGACUUUAUUAAUAAUAAACUUAGUGGGGGUUGUCGUUGGUAUUUCAGAUGCAAUCAAUAACGGGUAUGAUUCAUGGGGUCCAUUGUUCGGCAGACUGUUUUUCGCCUUCUGGGUCAUUAUGCACCUCUACCCCUUCCUCAAAGGAUUACUGGGUAAACAAGAUCGGAUGCCCACCAUUAUUUUGGUUUGGUCCAUUCUGCUAUCAUCCAUAUUAACUCUUAUGUGGGUUCGGAUAAAUCCAUUUGUCUCAAGGGAUGGCCCUGUUUUGGAGGUUUGUGGGUUAAACUGUGAUUAGAUACAAGAAUAAAGUUUUAGGUUGUUUCCAGUUCCAGGCUUCCAGCUUAUGAUGGUCGUGAAGUUUCAGAAGUAUUUGUUCAUGCGAGUUCGAACACUUCAUACAGAUUUCCACAAUAGCAAGAGGAAUUUUUUUGUGGAAUGGAAUCCCUAGAUUAGGGGUGUGUAGAUAAAGAGGAAUUGGGGGUUUGAUACAUUGUUGUUUUUGUUCUAUCAAUUCUUUUAUUACAUUACAUUCAUGUUUGGAGCUGCAUUUGAGGUAGACUUGUUUACUUCUCUCAGUAACAUCAUAACAUAUCCUGUUUCUUAUACAUAAUCAAUCUUUAUUUAUUCUUUCUC